CAGAUAGAAAGAAAUAUUAAAAUACAAAAAAUUUUCGAUUUUCAUAAGUUUAAACUACAGAAAAUCGGCUGCAUACACACAUCUGUAUUAGAAAAAGUACACAUAUACAAAAUGCAUCGAUGUGUCUUUCAGCUGACUCCUGAAAUAUGAAUUUUAAGAAUACAAAUAAACUAACCUAGAAAAUUAAUUAAGUCGAAUAUAAUAUCAAAAGAUAAAAUCGAUUGAUGCCACGUUAAACACUCUUACAAAAAAAUAAGUCAAAUAUAAUCGAAUAUUUUUGACAUCACGAAUUCAAACUUCACGAAUGGCUUCAAUGUCAUUGCCACAAUAGUGAACUUGAUCAGCUGAUAGCGCUGUACGAAUUAUGAGCUUCUGGUUUAAUUUAGUGAAAGACGUAUUUCUCAGAAUGUUGCAAUUAUUGUCGUUCAGCAGACGAAAGAUAUCGAACUCUUUAAGCAUAUAUAUUAAAACGAAUACAGGGAGCACACUCUCGGUCGAAUUAGAUCCAAAAUGGGAUAUAAAAAACUUGAAGGAAAUUGUUGCGCCUCAGAUGGGUAUAGCGCCAGAAGAUAUUAAAAUCAUAUUUGCAGGUAAAGAACUGCAUAAUUCAAUUAUAAUAGAGGAAUGUGAUUUAGGUCAACAAAGUAUUUUACACGCAGUACGGACACCACAUAAAAUAGUUAAUAAAACGAGGAAUACAGACCUUAUAGAAGAAUCUAUAUCUGAAACAUCUGACUUGAAUGACAGUAGUGGGAGCAAACCUAUGAACGAGACACUUAUGGAUUUAUCUUUGGAUGAAUCAAAUCUUGAAAAUUUAUCCCUAAAAGAGCAGCAGGAAAAUCGAGCGCAUUUUUAUGUAUAUUGUUCAGCACCAUGUAAAAAUGUGACAGCAGGUAAACUAAGAGUCAAGUGUGCAAGAUGUGGCAGUGGAGCUGUCACUGUUGAUAGAGAUCCUCAAUGCUGGCCAGAUGUAUUGCAACCAAGAAGAAUAACUGUAAACUGCGAGAGUGAUUUUUGUCCUGUAACCUCAAGCAUGCAUAAAGAUGAGACAGAGUCUCAAGUCUCUUAUGCACAUUUUUACUUUAAAUGCGCAAAACAUCCCAGUUUAGGAGAAAACGACGAAGCUGUACCACUUUAUCUUGUAAAGCCAAAUUUAAGGAAUAUUCCUUGUCUAGCAUGCACAGAUAUUAGAGAAACUGUGUUAGUAUUUCCAUGUGAAGCUGGUCAUGUAACUUGUCUUGAUUGCUUUCGUGAAUAUUGUACAGUACGUUUACACGAGCGACGAUUUGAAUUUGAUGAGGAAUAUUAUACUUUACCAUGUCCUGCUGGAUGUCCUAAUUCUUAUAUUCGUGAAGUGCAUCAUUUUCAUCUUCUUGGUGUGGAACAGUAUGAAAGAUAUCAGAGAUUUAGCACAGAAGAACAUGUUUUACGUGCUGGUGGUAUUUUAUGUCCAAGACCAGAUUGUGGAAUGGGUAUCAUACCACCUUCUAUAGAAGAUGAUAGAGAAUGUCGCAGAAUCCAGUGCAUUGGUGGAUGUGGCUAUGUUUUUUGUAGAAUCUGUUUACAAGGAUAUCAUGUAGGAGAAUGCGAGUCGCAAAUGUCGGACGCAUCUACAAGUGUUUUUUCUUCUAAUUAUUAUUCAGUGGAUCCUCUUAAAGCUAACCAAGCUACAUGGGAUGAAGCAAGUAAAAAAACAAUACAAACAUCCACGAAACCUUGUCCAAAAUGCAGAACUCCUACUGAAAGAGAUGGAGGCUGCAUGCAUAUGGUAUGUACAAGAGCAGGAUGUGGUUAUCAUUGGUGCUGGGUGUGUCAGACAGAAUGGACUAGAGACUGUAUGGGCAAUCAUUGGUUUGGAUAAUAUAUUGGAAGAAAAUUUUAUGUCAGUUUGAUAAUAUAUAAUUUAAAAGUUAUGCAUAUGAGCAUUAUAUCAUAACAAAAAU